CUGCGCACUGCGCGCAGUGAUGGAGCGCUGACUGGGGGCGCGGCGGCGGCGGCGGCGAGGGCUCGGCGGGCCAUUGGCUCCCAGCAGCGGCAAAGGCAGCUCCGAGACCAGAAGAGCGAGCGGGGCCCGCAGGCCGGGCCGGGCUGGGCGAGGGCGUCCGGGGUGCAGCCAUGGAAGACCAGAGGGAGGCCUUGCGGAAGAUCAUCACCACGCUGGCUGUGAAGAAUGAAGAGAUCCAGAGUUUUAUUUACUCCCUCAAGCAGAUGCUGCUGAACGUGGAGGCCAACUCCGCCAAAGUGCAGGAGGACCUGGAGGUGGAAUUCCAGUCCCUCUUCUCCCUCCUGGAGGAACUGAAGGAGAGUAUGCUCAUGAAGAUCAAGCAGGACCGCGCCAGCCGCACCUACGAGCUGCAGAACCAGCUGGCCGCCUGCACGCGGGCCCUGGAGAGCUCCGAGGAGCUCCUGGAGACAGCCAACCAGACCCUGCAGGCCACACACUGCGAAGACUUCUCCCAGGCUGCUAAGCAAAUCAAAGACGGUGUGACAAUGGCCCCGGCCUUCCGGCUGUCGUUGAAAGCUAAGGUCAGCGACAACAUGAGCCACCUCAUGGUGGACUUUGCACAGGAGCGGCGGAUGCUACAGGCGAUCAAGUUCCUGCCUGUGCCCAGCACCCCAGUGAUCGACCUAGCUGAGUCCCUGGUGGCGGACAAUUGCGUGACCCUGGUGUGGCGCAUGCCGGACGAGGACAGCAAGAUAGACCACUACGUGCUGGAGUACCGGCGGACCAACUUCGAGGGCCCGCCCCGCCUCAAGGAGGACCAGCCCUGGAUGGUCAUCGAGGGCAUCCGGCAGAUGGAGUACAUCCUGACGGGUCUCAAGUUUGACAUGAAAUACAUGAACUUCCGUGUGAAGGCCUGCAACAAGGCGGUUGCAGGCGAGUUCUCCGAGCCAGUGACCCUGGAGACACCAGCGUUCAUGUUCCGCCUGGAUGCGUCCACAUCCCACCAGAACCUACGGGUGGAUGAACUCUCCGUGGAGUGGGACGCCAUGGGCGGGAAGGUGCAGGAUAUCAAGGCUCGAGAGAAAGACGGCAAGGGGCGGACGGCGUCUCCCGUCAACUCCCCGGCCAGAGGUACUCCAUCACCCAAGAGGAUGCCCUCAGGUCGUGGGGGACGGGACCGCUUCACAGCUGAGUCCUAUACGGUGCUGGGGGACACACUGAUCGAUGGUGGGGAGCACUACUGGGAGGUGCGCUACGAGCCAGACAGCAAGGCCUUCGGAGUGGGGGUAGCCUACCGCAGCCUGGGCCGCUUCGAGCAGCUGGGCAAGACGGCAGCGUCUUGGUGCCUGCACGCCAACAACUGGCUGCAGGUCAGCUUCACGGCCAAGCACGCCAACAAGGUCAAGGCGCUGGACGCCCCCGUGCCCGACUGCCUGGGCGUGCACUGCGACUUUCACCAAGGACUCCUGUCCUUCUACAACGCCCGUACCAAACAGCUGCUGCACACCUUCAAGGCCAAGUUCACUCAGCCCCUGCUGCCUGCAUUCACAGUGUGGUGUGGCAGCUUCCAGGUGAUGACAGGCCUGCAGGUGCCCAGCUCGGUGCGCUGCCUGCAGAAGCGGGGCAGUGCCACCAGCAGCUCCAACACCAGCCUCACCUAGGCCCCGGCCCCAGCCCUGCCGGGUUGUCCUUGGGGUCCCGGCUCGUCCAGCCGGCACCUCCUCUCACUUGCUGCUUGGAGCCUUAACUCCUGAUUUGGGGGCACCACCAGGGAACAGGCACCCUACCUUGCCUCCUAAUAAAGGUCAAACACUGGCCAAGC